GUCAUGGCACAGCUGUAUUACCGCAGGACUGACAAUUCCUCCUACAGGGAUCGCAUCCCGCUGCGUAUCGUUCGUGCUGAGUCGGAGUUCUCUGCCCAGGAGAAGCUGUACCUGAGUGCAGUGGAGAAAGGUGACUAUGCCAGUGUCAAACAGGCGCUGGAGGAGGCUGAGAUCUACUUCAAGAUUAACAUUAACUGUGUUGAUCCUCUAGGGCGUACAGCGUUGCUCAUUGCCAUAGAGAAUGAAAACCUGGAGAUCAUUGAACUUUUGCUCAGCUAUAAUGUGUAUGUGGGAGAUGCUCUGCUUCAUGCCAUCCGCAAAGAGGUGGUUGGUGCUGUGGAACUACUGCUCAAUCACAAGAAACCAAGUGGAGAGAAACAGGUGCCACCUCCUCUGCUGGAUAAGCAGUUCUCUGACUUCACCCCCGAUAUAACACCCAUCAUCCUGGCCGCACACACCAACAACUAUGAGAUCAUUAAAAUGCUGGUGCAGAAGGGUGUGUCUGUGCCACAGCCACAUGAGGUGCGCUGUAACUGCGUGGAGUGUGUCUCCAGCUCAGACGUAGACAGCCUGCGGCACUCCCGCUCGCGUCUCAACAUCUACAAGGCCCUGGCCAGCCCCUCCCUCAUCGCCCUAUCCAGCGAGGACCCCUUCCUGACGGCUUUUCAGCUCAGCUGGGAACUGCAGGAGCUCAGUAAGGUGGAAAACGAAUUCAAAACCGAGUACGAAGAGCUGUCCCAUCAGUGCAAACGCUUUGCCAAGGACCUGCUGGACCAGACGCGCAGCUCACGUGAGUUAGAGCUCAUCCUGAACUUCCGCGAUGACAUGAGUCUGCUGCAGGAUGAAGGGAACAACGACCUGGCCCGUCUCAAACUUGCCAUCAAGUACCGGCAGAAAGAGUUUGUUGCGCAGCCAAACUGCCAGCAGCUGUUGGCAUCACGCUGGUACGAUGAGCUUCCAGGCUGGAGGAGGCGCCACUGGGCAGUAAAGUUUGUCACCUGCGUCUUCAUUGGCCUCCUGUUCCCUGUCUUUUCCAUCUGCUACCUGGUGGCACCCAAGAGUCGCUAUGGCCUCUUCAUCCGCAAGCCCUUCAUCAAGUUCAUCUGCCACACUGCUUCGUACUUGACCUUCCUGUUCCUUCUGCUCCUGGCCUCCCAGCACAUCGUUUCCAAUGACCCCAAUCGCCAGGGCCCUCUGCCCACCACGGUGGAGUGGAUGAUCCUGCCAUGGGUCAUAGGUUUCAUAUGGACGGAGAUUAAGCAGAUGUGGGAUGGAGGAUUUCAGGACUACAUUCAUGAUUGGUGGAACCUAAUGGAUUUUGUCAUGAACUCUUUAUAUCUGGCAACCAUAUCACUGAAGAUUGUUGCAUAUGUCAAGUACAGUGGCUGUAGACCCAGGGCGAGCUGGGAAAUGUGGCAUCCUACAUUAGUAGCCGAGGCUGUCUUUGCCAUAGCUAACAUUUUUAGCUCGCUGAGACUCAUCUCUCUCUUCACGGCCAACUCCCACCUGGGUCCACUGCAGAUCUCACUGGGCCGCAUGCUUCUGGACAUCCUCAAGUUCCUCUUCAUCUACUGCCUGGUGUUGCUAGCCUUCGCUAACGGCCUCAACCAGCUUUACUUCUACUAUGAGACCCAAGGGAGCAGCAGUAACAUUACCUGCAAGGGCAUACGCUGCGAGCAUCAAAAUAACGCAUUUUCAACGCUGUUUGAAACUCUGCAGUCUUUAUUCUGGUCCAUAUUUGGCCUGAUAAGUCUCUAUGUGACCAACGUUGGGCCUGAUCAUAAGUUCACUGAGUUUGUUGGAGCCACGAUGUUUGGUACCUACAAUAUCAUCUCUCUUGUUGUCCUCCUAAACAUGCUGAUUGCCAUGAUGAACAACUCCUACCAGCACAUUGCCGAUCAUGCAGACAUUGAAUGGAAAUUUGCGAGAACCAAACUGUGGAUGAGUUAUUUCGAAGAGGGAGGCACACUACCGCCACCAUUCAACAUUAUCCCAAGCCCCAAAUCCUUCUGCUAUCUAAUUCAGUGGAUAAGGAAGAACAUUUUUAAGGAGAAAACAAAGAGGACUGAAACAUUUGGAACACUAGGGAGAAGGGCUGCUGAAAAAGUGCGACUAAGCCACCAGUAUCAGGAGGUCUUAAGAAACCUGGUCAAAAGAUAUGUGGCUGCCAUGAUCAGAGAUGCAAAAACAGAGGAAGGUCUCACUGAAGAAAACUUUAAGGAGCUGAAGCAGGACAUCUCUAGUUUCCGCUAUGAAGUUAUGGGAUUGAUGAAGGGCAAUAGGACCUGUGUUCCUGUACCCAAACUCAACACAACAGCCUCAAAUACGACUUAUCCAGAUCAUUCGGCUCUAUACUCCACAGUCCUCAGCACUGGCCAACAAAAGAGCAAACUCAACCUUUAUGAUGUCACAACUAUUCUUCAGCACCACUGUGCUGAAAGUGCUCUGGCCAAUGGAUCUGUCAGUGCUUUACCUGAAUGCUCCUCCAAAGAGAAAACAAGGAAAGACUUCCCCAAAGAUAUCACUGAUUUCAGUUUGUUCCAAAAGACCCACAAAAGAACAAACCACUGUUCUAACCCAAACAAAAUCUACUCUGUCACAGAGGAGGUGGGUGAGUCAGAUGUUCACCACUUAGACUGUGGAACACAGGAGGAGGCAGAGAAGCAGCCAUUAACCGUAGAUGCUACAGGAGCUGAGCUGGAGAAUGAAGAGGAAAUUUUGGAGAAUGAGAAGGAAGAGGAGAUGGAGCUGUCCCCACAGGGGCAGCCCUCUGGGAGCCGAUCUCCCCUAAGUAGUCCUCAUUCAGAAAUGGACACGUAG